AUGACAGCCGUCGGAUCGUUCACGAUGCUCAUCGACAGCGGGCACGCGUUCGGAUCCAAGCCCCCGUCGGUGGGCGAUGAUCCGGGUCUCGCGCUCAUUCUGCCCAUCGCCGCGGGGCUACUCUGCGGCUUCGGAUCGCAGGUACAAUUCCCUCCCAUGGGCUUCGGAAACGCAGUUGGGCAGCGGGUGCACGUCUGGCCACGGCGUGUGCGGCUUGCCGCGCUUCUCUCUGCGCAGCGCAGUAGCUAUCGCCACCUUUAUGGCUACAGGCGCCGCUACAUCCAUGACCCUCGGCGCCAUCGCCACAGGCACUACAGCCGCACCAACCAUCCCUCCUGUUGCCCCGUUACUCCUUCCGCCUCUCCCAACCUCCCCGUCUCCAUCCACUUCCCCCCCCUCUCCCCCCACUCCAAUCAGCUCGGCAGCGGGUGCACGUCCGGUCACGGCGUGUGCGGCUUGCCGCGCUUCUCCCUGCGCAGCGCAGUAGCUGUCGCCACCUUCAUGGCUACAGGUGCCGCUACAUCCAUGACCCUUGGCGCCAUCGCCACAGGCACUACAGCCGCGAACCGCCCCCCCGGCGAGCCCAUCCCAGCCACCAACACGUGGCUUCUCGUGCUGGCGGUCUGUGCUACAGCCAUGGGAGCUAUUAUCGCGUACAGAUGCCCGUUCUGUAACGAGUGUCUUGACACUGGUGCUGCUGCUGGUGCUGCUGGUGGGGCUGCUGGGGAGUCUGCAUCGCUUUCCAAGGAUGCUGGCAAGCUGGCCUGCUCCAGUGGGGGCUUUCUGGGAGGGACUGCACCGUUGCCUUUGCCACGGUUCUGGCCUCUUCCACCCCCUCUCAUCCCCCAUUCCACCCCCCUUACAUCCCAUCCCCCAUACAGGUGCAACCCAUACAAGGUGAAGGACUUUCUAGACCCAGUGCACAGGUGCAACCCCUACAAGGUAAAGGACUUUCUAGACCCAGUGCACGGGUGGGACCCCAGUCUCGCCUUCGUGAUGGGCGGUGCCGUGGCAGUCAACGUCGUCACCUUCCGCUUCAUACUCGCGCGCCCCAACCCGCUCUUCGAAUCCAAGUUCUUCGUCCCGUCUCGGAAAGACAUCACCUGGGAGCUUGUGGUCGGCUCAGCAAUCUUUGGCAUGGGUUGGGGUCUAGCUGGAUACUGCCCAGCUCCGGCGUUUGUCAGCCUAUCCACUGGAAACCGCAACCCCAAGGCGUCUAAGGAAGGCGUGAGCAAGCUCGACCUCUACCGCUCUCUCUUCGGCGACCGAAUGCCGGCCAUAUCCGCGCGCAUGGCAUCCGUGUUUGACGAGCUCGGUCUCAAAUACAGCCUGGGUGGACUCACAGGAAACACGAUGGACAGCCAUCGACUGAUCGCCCUGGCAGGGACGAAGGACAGGGAGAAGGGCGGUGAGCCGGCCGGCUUCUCUCUGCAGCACCGGGUGGUGGAGGAGCUGUUUCUGGACUACUUCACUCGGGAGAAGUUCAUCGGCGACAGACAAGUGCUGUUGGCCGCGGCGGAAAGGGCUGGGUUGCAAGGAGCAGCAGAGUGGCUUGACAACCCACAGUCAGGCUUGCAAGAGGUGGAGGCUGAAUUGCAACGCUACCGACCACGGGUCUCAGGCGUCCCACAUUUCAUUAUUGGCGGACAGGAGUUUUCAGGUGCUCAACCCCCUGCUGUUCUGCUGGAAGCUCUGAAAUCUGCAGCAUCUGUUGAUUCUUGA